AUGACCGAAUACGAGUCUAGUUUGGUUGUGGAAACAGAUGCAGUGAAGGAGGUUAAGCUGCCUCACACAGCAAAAAUAAUCCUUGUGAAUUCAGUAGCUGCUGUUCAGGAGUCUCCAUUUGCAAAGUACCUGUAUGUGUCUGACAAUGGCAUUAAAGUGUAUCGGCUCUUGCCUUUUAAGAUCCAUCAUGAGAUUGAAUACAGCGGAAGUAUCUCUGAUCUUUUAAUUAUUGGCGAUCAGAUGAUUGUUCUUUCGAAUGAGUCAAUUGUAGUGUGGGAUGGAAAGAAGACGCAAGUUAUUGCAGAUCACUUUGAUGGGCGCCUUGGAGCCAUCGGUCAAGAUAUUGGAGUGCAGGAAAAUGAAAGACUAUCUGUAUAUUCAAUAGAAACACUCGAAUUGAAGGAUAGAUAUGCUGCAAACACGCAUUACUACAUACGAGAUGUGCUUUUGACAUCCAUAGAACAUGAGGUUUCUUUGUACUCUAAAGGAAAGAAAAGUCUUCGGAUAUACAUGCCUGAAAGAAUAACCAAGAUAUGCACAGACCCACUCCUUACAAAUAUAUACUGUGGAGGAUGUGAUGGGAGGAUAUUCUGUUCAAACACAAGCAGUAGAGAGCCAAUAACCAUGGCAUAUCACAAAAGCGCAAUAAUUGGCCUGGAAAUAAGCUUCUGUGGGAAGUACUUAUAUUCUGCAAGUGAAGAAGGCACCAUUUGCAUAUGGGACCUGAAUACAAAUACUGUAGUUGGUAAGGUAGAAGUUGGAACUAAAAUACGUAAAAUCAAAGCAACAUACAUUUCUGGGUGGGACAAUUCACUUGAAAAGCAUCAAGACAAGAUUCUAGUUGCCAAGCACAUUCAGUAA